GACCUGCACAACGCUUUGAGCACCAACCCACAACUUUCAGCAUGUCUGCAGACGAUAACCAUCUCCAAAAAAUACCUGAUCUCAAGAUUGCUCACUACCGAUUCAUUGCCACCAAUGGACCAGAGGAGCAGCGAGAAGAAGCGAAGAACAAGCUUUUCGACCACAUAAAAGAGAAGCAAAUGGCACCUUUCUACCCCAUCAUUGCCGAAGAGUUGAACGUACCGGUUGAUCAGGAACUGCUUAAGAGCAUGGAGCAAGCUAACGCUGAAGCUUUGGCGAAGCUGGAAGAGAAGAUCGCCGAUGCAGAGCAGAACUUGGGCGAAACAGAGGUCAAUGACGGUUUGCUUGCUAAAGCUGAACAUUUUGCGGAAAUUGGCGACAAGGAAAAGGCACUCGAACAUUACAAAGUUGUCCAGAACCGGGCCAUCACUACAGGAACCCGCAUCGACAUACAAUUUGCAUUGAUGCGAAUUGGAUACUUCUUCUUCGACAACAACCUAGUGCGCAUUAAUAUCGACCGGGCACGAACCUUGAUUGAAGAAGGUGGUGAUUGGGAUAGACGAAACCGAUUGAAGGCGUACGAAGGCGCAUAUUUGAUGUCCAUCCGCGAUUUCAAAGGAGCCGCUGGACUAUUCUUAGACACUUUGAGCACAUUCACCAGCACCGAGUUGAUGGAAUACAACGAUUUUGUCAAAUACGCCGUGUUGACCAGCUUAAUCAGUCUUCAGCGAGUUGAAAUCAAAAAGCGGGUAUUGGACGCUCCCGAAAUUCUUGAGGUCAUCUCGGAAAUACCAUACUUGGAGGACUUCAUGACGAGCUUGUAUAACUGCAACUAUGCACAGUUCUUCCAGUCGCUGGCCCACAUUGAAACCUCGUACUUGCGAUCUUCACGAUAUCUCUCUACACACAUUCGUUACUAUGUUCGUGAAAUGCGAAUAAUUGCCUAUGCACAACUUUUAGAGAGUUACCGAUCCCUAACCCUUGAGAGCAUGGCAAAUGCAUUUGGCGUCAGUGAAGAUUUUGCGGACAAGGAUUUGUCAAAGUUCAUUGCAAAUGGAAGGCUGAACUGCGUAAUCGAUAAAGUCAACGGCAUCAUCGAGACGAACAGACCAGACAAUAAGAAUGCGCAAUACCAAACUGUCAUCAAGCAAGGAGAUGUUUUGCUGAACAGAGUCCAAAAGCUUAGUAGAGUCAUCAAUGUAUAAAAGAUUUAUUAAAUUGCUUUUCUGUCAAGCAGAAUAUGAGUAGUGUCUCAUUUCCUCUGUUGUGGGUUCAUUUAUUUUUUUACGUAACAUGGGCUUAUGGGCAGUAUCAUCUGCAACAAGUGAUUUCCAUCCAUUUGGAUGAUGAACAAUAUGUUACGCUUUAUCUAUCCGUUGGCACGCUUCGU